UAGUUAUUACAACUACAAAUGAACGUAUCGAUGUACACCAUCGCAAGUUUCGUGUCAGACUGACACUGUUAGAAUUAGACGUGGGGAUGAGCUUUAUUUAUUUACUAUCCGAAGUAAACCUUUUUUGAAAUAUAAUUGUUAGUGAAAAACAUAUGAAAAGCAGUUUCUUCUUAUUACAAUUAUUAAUUUCUGUGCAAAGAACAAACAUGAUUUCUAAUAGCUAUGUCCAAUGAGGAGCGUCUGCGGAAGCUUCUAUCUGAUUUAGGAAAAGCUACAUUACGUGGGGUCCGCAAAUGUCCAAAGUGUGGAACUUAUAAUGGAUCGCGCGGUUUGUGUUGUAAAAACAAACAUUGUGAUGCAGUAUUCAAAGAGCCUGGUGAAAAAAGAAAAUUGUCAACAGAGGCUUGUAAACUUAUUACUGGUACAACUGCACAAGUCUUCUCCGUUAGAGUACGAGACAAAGGUCCAGAUUAUCGUGGAUUUGUUCAGUUACCAUUAAUAAAUGCAACAAUUUCUAAUGAAAUGACAACACUUAUUUCACAAUCUACAGCACUGUGCUUUGUUGAUAGUUGUGAAAGGAGUUUUGAUACCAGUGUUCUCAAAUGUCAUGAAAAGGAUACGACCGAUGUGCCUGUUUCUACAUGCCAACAUAUACAGGCAGCUUUAAGAUGUUACGCAGAAGCGCAACCAUUAACGUUAAGGAAUUCUAUUUUAUCAACAUUAAGUGUAAAUAAUGAAAUGAAACAAGAAAUUUGGUUACUGGCUACAGAAACUUCAGGUCCGUUAGUGCAACGUGUAUCUAAGAAUAUAAUGGCAGUGAAGUGUAAAGCUUCACCAAAGCAUCCAUUAGGUUACCUUCAUUUUUCUCUCUUUAUUACAAAAUUGAAAGAUAGAAUCGAACAUCGUUAUUUUUGUUCUUGUUCUUCAUUUAAGGGUGUAACAAAAACGGCAGGAGAUAAAGCAGAUGUAGCGCAAUCGUUGCAGAAUAAACGUUGCGUACAUUUUUAUGCAUGUAUUUGCGCAUUUGCUAGUGAUGUAAAGUUAUCAGAAGAAUUCAGUUUUUACAUAAAUUUAGAUCAGACUGAUUUCAGUAUACCAAAACCAUUAACAACAAUGUUGCAGAAUAAUGAACAAGAUAGAAUAGUUGGAAUUGAUCUUGAUGGUCUAACUACAGAUGAUGCAGAUACACAUCUUCUAAUAUUUCGCGAUGAUACUUUAACAGUGCAGAGUUUAGAUGGAAAUAGAUUGGACUUAGAUUCAAUGAAUUUGGAUUCUACAAUCUUACCAAAUAGUAUUGUUGAAAAUAUAGAAGUAGAAUGUGAUCGUACCUUAUUAGAAGAUAAUAAUAUGAUAUCACAGGUUCACAAUUUAGAAGUAAUUAAUCAAAAUGGCGUGCUACUUGGUGGAAACACGGUCAAAAUAUUAGAAGAUCAAACAACUAUAGAUUGUAAAUACAAUGUGCUUAAUAAUCGUCAAUAUAUCCUAAAUGAUAAUAAUAUAAAGGUAUUGAAUACUGGAACUUUAAAGGUCCUCGAUACAAGUGCUAUUUUGGAUGUGAAUAAUAUAAAAUUAAUCGAUACCAAUACCGUUUCAAACACAAAUGGUGUGAAAAUAGUAAAUAAGAAUGUAGUAAUACCCUAUGAUACUGGAAAUGUAUCAAGCACGGGAACUAGUAGUACACAACAGCCAAUUUCUACAAAACGAAAAAGGGAUGAUAAACCAUUAAUUACAAAUACUACUAGUUUGAAUAAUUUGAACUCAAUAGAACCGAGAAAAGCUAAAACAAAGUCACAAAUUGUUAAAAAGUAUCAAAAUCCGUGCGAAGAUUUAGACGAAGCCAACAUACACUUACCAUUUAUUAAAUGGUUAGCAUCGAUAACUGAAAGAAUAAAUCAAACUAUGCAUUUUCAAUUCGAUGGGAAACCUGAUCCUCUGGUAUUUCAUGUACCACAAAUAUUUUUCGAUUGUUUACGAGAAAGGAUAUCUUGCGGAGGUAAAAAGAAACGAUUACCAAAUUCAACGACAGCAUUUGUCAGAAAAGACGGUGUACCGUUAGGCACAUUUACUAAAUACACAUGGCAAAUUACUAACAUUUUACACGUCAAAAGUAUUUUUGACACCCCGCUUAUACCUUUAGAAGUCACAAGAAGUUUUGUUCAAAAUGCUGAUGGUACAUACGAGUUGUAUAAGCGGGAGGAAACAGAAAUAGAUCGGUAUAAAAAAACCAAUAAUAACGCGUUGAUUAAACCCUUAGAAUUAAAAACGUAUCUGAAAGUUGGAAAUACUUCCCCAAACCAAAUCGAACCAACACCGUUUCUGAUAGAGUGGAUACCGGAUAUCUUGCCAAUAUCAAAAAUUGGUGAGCUUAGAAUUAGAUUUGAAUUUGGUCAUGUAAAAAAUGAGACGAAUCAUAGAUGGAGAAAAAUAGCUUUAUUAAAAAAUUAUUGAAUGUAUAAUUUUGUAAUAAUUAUCUUUGUAUUACCAAAUUUUCACUUUCCUAUUAUCAACAAUUACGAAAUCUGAGAAUUUUUUCCGUGGAAAAAGAAACGAUAAGUAUAAAAAGCUAUUUUGAAAAUUUUCUAGUAUAUAUGUUUGGAAUAUUGAUCCAUUCAAUACAUAAUAUUUUGUCGUAAAAGCAAUAAAGAGAAUGUUUUGCAAUCGAGAAAAAGUAUGAAUUUAAAGUACUAUAAAAGACUGAUCUAAUUUUACAGUAUCAUUUUCGUGAAAGCACGGUUUUUCUUAAAAUAAAUCAUUCAUAUUUUCAUAUCACGAUAGUAAUUAUACUGUAUCAUAUUGCAAGACCAGUAUCUUUUGUUCAUUAAACGUAUUCAUUAUACAUUUAUAAAUUAAUUUAUUGAAAAUAAAUGUAUUACAAAUUAUAUUUAUAUUCUUGAAAAAAAAAAGAGUACUAAAUUGUAUUAUUAUUGUAUAAGAAUGUGAUAUAUUGUAAAUAUAUAAUUUAGAUCGAAUGUUGUUAUGUAAAAGUGAAAACGUUUACAAUUAUACGAAGAAACUCCGUUUGUUUUAUGAUCUUCAAAAUAAAUUACAUAUCUAACA